AUGUCGUCCACUCUCUCUGCCGAAGAUGAAGAUAUCUUCGAGCGUCUGCAGCACCGUGCGGACCCGAAAAUACAGGAAGAGCAGCAGCAAGCUGUCAACGAACGGGUCAAUGUCAUUUAUCAAAAGGCCCAGUCACGGCUGGGAGAGCUGAUCGACCAGAACUCCACCCUGCCGUGCGCCAUCUCGUCAAUCCAGGUCCUCAACGCGAAAAACACUCGCAGGGCCUUUUUGGAACGGAUUUUCGAUCCUCUAUUAAGCACUAAUAAGACGAGGCCGUAUACGCUCGCCGAGGCCUUGCGGGAGGUGUCGGCACGCGCGGACAAGCUCAGCAGGUUUGAUGUCUUUCAGCAACCGGUCUCCGUAUACCUGGAUCAGUCACCCGACGCUGACAUCCAGACCGGACUGCCUAACCUCGAUGUUUACAUUUCCGCCAAGGAGAAGUCCCGCGUCCUGUUGAAGACGGGAACCGAUCUCGGAAACACCGAGGGAUCAGCAUUUGGAAACCUCCUCUGGCGCAAUGUGUUUGGAGGUGCCGAAAACCUGAAUUUGAACGCUUCCAUGGGCACCCGAACCCGGUCUGCCUACCAGGCUACCUUUGAGACCCCGAUUCUCAGCGACCCCGACUUCCGUUUCGAGCUUGGCGGUCUUGCAAGUGCGACGCAAAAGUCAUGGGCCAGCCACGAAGAGGUGCUGAAGGGGGGCUGGAGUAAGCUCCGGUGGCUGAGUCAGUCCGGCCAUCGCCAUGAGCUCGGCUACAAUGGAUUCUGGAGACAGAUGACCAGCUUGGCCGACAAUGCGUCUCUGGCGGUCCGGGCGGAUGCGGGCGACAGCGUGAAGAGCAGUAUUUUCCAUAGCUGGACCCAAGACCGACGAGACAACCCUCUCCUCCCGUCUCGCGGGUACUACGCCAAGGCUUUCAACGAAUUGGCGGGCUUGGGACCUCUGAAGGGAGACGUCUCUUUCUGGAAAUCCGAGAUUGAGACGCAGGGCGCAAUCCCCAUCCCCAUUCCUGGAAUCAAAGGCGACAGCGGGGUUAGCUUUACCACCAGCUUCCGUGCCGGCCUCCUCUAUCCCCUCGGACUCGAUUCCAACAACCGGCCCCAGCCUUCGCGCGUCAACGAUCGCUUCCUGCUCGGAGGGCCCACCGAUGUUCGCGGAUUCCGCCUCUGUGGUCUCGGACCUCGCGAUGGGCAGGAUGCCGUGGGCGGAGAUGCCUACGCUGCGGGAAGCGCCAACCUGUUUCUCCCCCUUCCCCGAGUGGGCGCUGAGAAGCCUCUCCGUCUCCAGGCGUUUGUGAACGGCGGACGCCUGCUGCCUCUGCGCACCUCGCAGAAGACGGCACCCAGCACCAGUGCGGAGGUUCAGGACGCUGUGGCCUCUACGCUUUCCGAGCUGGGCAAUGGACUGCCCAGUAUGGCGGCUGGAAUCGGGCUGGUGUACGCUCACCCGGUUGCGCGGUUCGAGCUGAACGUUUCCCUCCCAUUGGUGUUGCGCAAGGGUGAGGAGGGUCGGAAGGGAUUGCAGCUGGGGAUCGGCAUCAACUUCCUAAUUCAACAACCCUACGGGGGCGGCCCAGGCCCAUCCGCCCAAAACCUCCAAUUCUACCCAUCCUCCUACGGCUCCGUAUCCGGCCACACGACACCCUCGCAAGCCUCGUACGGCGGAUUCGGCGGCGCAUCCAACCCCGCCGCGCAGGCUUACUCCGGAGGUGCCGGGGGCGGAUACGGGUUCGGGUCUCCGGCCGGGGCUGGGGCCGCUGCGGCGGGCGUGGGCGGCGUGAGUGGGAGGAUGGGCGAGCAGGGGGGUCUGCGGACGGGGUGGCUUGCUGCGUUUGGGACGGAGGGGUAUGAUGGGGAGCCGCCUUUGCUGGAGGAGUUGGGGGUGAAUUUUGAACAUAUUCGGACGAAGACACUCACCGUUCUCAACCCAUUCGCUCGAAUCGACCAACACCUAAUGGACGACAGCGACCUGUACGGCGCCCUGCUCUACAUCGUGCUCUACGGGACCUUCCUCCUGCUCUCAGGAAAGGUCUUCUACGGGUACAUCUACGGGGUGGCCGUCUUCGGCACCGUAGCCCUGCACCUCAUCCUCAGCCUGAUGUCUCCCGCCCUCGAUACAGCCCUACAUACACCCCCCAACGCAGCCGACCCAUCCGCCAACUACGACCCGCACCACAAACCCAGCAUGUCCGACGCCUCCGCCGCGGGGCACUUCUCCGCGACGCUGACAUUCCCGCGCUCCGCCAGCGUGCUGGGCUACUGCUUUCUGCCGCUGGUGCUGACGAACUUGGUGGGCAUCAUGCUGCCGAUGGAUACGCUGUUCGGGUAUCUUCUGACGACGGCUGCUGUGGGAUGGUCCACGUACAGCUCGUCGGGGAUGUUCUGUGCUGUGGCGCGGAUGCGCGGUAUGAGGGGAUUGGUGGCGUAUCCGUUGGCGCUGUUUUAUGUCGUUUUUGGGAUCAUGGGCAUUUUUUCCUCGCGCGGGAGUGGCUCGUUGGCUGCUAAGACGGGGUCGGCUUGA